UUUUGAAUGAAUCUCACAGCAUGAUUAUUUACUAAGUAUAAAAAGUUUUCUUUAAGAAGAUGCCUGCUUUGCUGUAAACCUACAGCACCGGACACGAAACACUUCAAAAAGGCCGCGGUAACUGUACGGGAAUGAGGUACAUUAUAGUCACAGUUUUGCUGGUGGGAUAUUGGAUAAAGAUCAGCGAUGGAGCAGAAAUUAGCUGUCCCGGUGAGUGCUCUUGCCGUGUCAGAUCUAUACCUAUGCCAGAGCUUCGCAUCACCUGCACGCGUGGAGACCUCACCUCAAUACCUGUCGACAUGUUCGACAAGAGUGCAGAAGUCAUCGUCAUUGCUGCACCAGCAGAGCAUCAAAACCAUCUUACAAUUGGACCAAUAUUCACACAACCAAAUCCUUUCGUGAACCUUGAAGAACUCCACAUAGUCAACUCAAAUGUACCAUCCAUUGGCAAAUACUCCUUCUGGGGUCUACAAAACUUACGAAUACUUAACCUGACGCAUAAUAAUCUGACCAGCAUAAAUGCAGAUAAUUUUCGAGGGCUCAUUAAUUUAACGGAGCUAUUUUUAGAUCAUAAUAAUAUCGAGCAAAUGCCGAGCGAGACAUUCCAUCAUCUCACUGCUUUGAAGACGUUAUCACUAUCACAAAACCGAAUAUCAACGUUAGUCUCGCGUUUGUUCCGAAUGCUAGCUAACCUUUUAUAUUUAGAUUUAAGUUAUAACCCUAUUGAAGAUUUGAACCCAGAGGUAUUUAAAGAUAUACAGCAUUUAAGAUAUUUCAUGUGCCGAAGUUGCUUAUUGCGGAGAAUCAAUACCCAAAUAUACCAUCUUGUUCCAAAUUUAGAAGAACUAGACCUCGGUGAAAAUCUGUUUAAGUAUCUGACGCCUGAUGAAUUUAUUAGCCUAAAAAGGUUAAAGAAAUUAAAAUUAGAUGGCAAUCAACUUUCUGUAAUUGUAGAUAAUAUGUUCGGAAGGAAUCGGGAGCUAAGAAUGUUAGGGUUGGCACGCAAUCGUCUAGCCCUAUUGGCGCCGGCUUCCCUUACUAACCUUACCUCUCUUAUGCAUUUAGAUAUAAGUCAUAACAAAAUUGAUAGGUUUUUUUUGCAAACCUUCGCGCCUAUGGUAGAAUCCCUUAAAACCAUAAAUUUUAGCGGGAACAAUCUGCCGCUAAACGAAAUAGCGAUUGUUCUGCAAAUUCUUCCAGACAUUAACGGCGUUAAUCUCGCAAAUUUAUCGCUGCAGGAAAUACCACCAAAUUUUUUCAUUUAUAAUGAACAUUUAGUAUCAUUAGACAUUUCUUGGAAUAAGCUUAGCAAGUUUCCAUACAAGCUGCUAUCCAAGACAAAAUUUCUUCAAAACUUAGAUAUAUCUCAUAACAAGAUACGGACUCUGAGUGAAGACGACCUUCAGAGAUUAGAGGCUAUAGCUCAAGUUGAUCUGACAAAGAACCAUUGGCACUGCGAUCAAUGUUCGAUAGGAACAAUGUUGGUAUACAUGACGACUACGGUAUUAAACGCAAGCAUACGUCACCUUACUUGCCACUCGCCAUUCAGACUCACUGGUGUCACAUUUGCAAACCUAGAUUUUGAUAAAUUAGAACAUUGUGCAAGAACAUAUGAAGCGCAAGUAAGUGUAAUAGCUGGAUUAAUGCUGCUAUGCGUCGCAAUAUUUGGCACUAUUACUGCAGCAUUAUGUUGCACCAGACGACGAACAGCCCAAUACUAUACUAACGAAGAGAAACGCCGAGAGAUGAAUCGUGAACUACCUGAGGAGCUUCUAGGGCAGACAGAGUUAGGGAGUGUCGCAACCAUCCCGGCCCCUUACCAUUUUAUGACAAAGGGCAGCUAGCAACGCGCCCCCACCCCCGCACUCCACAGACGUGGUCUCCGCGUCACGUUUGAACCAAACCUACCAACACGUUCCAGUCCUCUUGGUUCGGCUCCUAUUCGCUACAUUCCAACGCAGUUUCAAAAUGUUAGUGACAUCAUGUGAUACGACGAAGAUGAUCUGGUGUAAACAAUGGACAAUCUGUUUUUAUUAUUCACAUUAUUACCUCUUGGUAAAUCUAUAUAUCGUUUUCAAAUUAUUAUAAAGAUAUUUUUUCUAAAGUUAGUAUUUU